AUAUAUGUUGACUCAUAAAAGAAAAAGAUAUUAUGCUAAUAUAUGUAAUAAAAGCAAUCAAUUCCACUUUUUUUUCUUGGAGUUGCUUUGCUUAGUGGGUGAAGUACUUUGGUGUUUCAAUUUGAAUCUAAAAAACUAGAAAGAAAAAUGCCAUGUUCUAAAGAAGAAGCUCUUAUUAGACUCUUCUACAAUUCAUCAAGCUCUUUCAAACUUCUCUUCCUUUUCAUCUUCUCUUCUUCCACUUUGCUUAUUAAAUUCUUAAACUUCAUUGGUAGCUACUCUUUAUUCCAAAGGGAUCAACAAUAUGAAUAUGAUUAUGAAGAAGAAGACGAACAAGAAGAAGAAGAAGAAGAAAUUCGAGAAAGUUAUUGUUAUGAAGAUUCUUUUGAGAAAGAUCAUUUAGUAGCUGAUAUAAUUUGUGGUGGAGAAUCUCUCGUGUUUUUGCAUAAUAAUAUUAACAAGUCUCAAAGGAAUCAUUAUUCUUCAUCUUUUGAAGAAGAAGAAGAAGAAGAAGAAGAAGAAGAAGAAGAAGAAGAAGAAGAAGAAGAAGAAGAAGAAGAAGAAGAAGAAGAAGAAGAAGAAGAAGAGUUUAUAACACCACAAGAUAGUUUGAUAGAAGAGUAUGCAGAAGAAGAAAAAAUUUCAACAGAAAGUUUAUAUGUUCAUCAAGAAUCACCAAUUGUUUCAGAUUUUGAGACAGAAACAAAUGAAACAGAAUUUCAAACAGAAGAAGAAGAUGCUGAUUCUAUUCAUGAUUCUGUUCCUGAUUCUGUUCCAGUUGAAAACAGGACCACUUCUCCUAUCACAAUUAAUCUAUACAAAAGUGAUGACUUAGUAGAAGAUAUUGACAAAAAUUAUGAUGAAAAACAUGUUGAUGUUGGAAUUAUUAAAAAUAAGAAAGAGCAUGAAGAAAAUAUUACAAGAGAUGAGAGAUUUUUUGUCAUUGGUCCUACACAAUUGGAGACAAAUAAGAAGUUGAUAAUUGAAGAAAAAGAUGAUGAAGAAAUAUAUGGUGAUACAACAACUGUUGGUUCAACAUCUAAAAGCUCUUCUGAUUGGAGAAGCUCAAUUCUUUGUAGAGAUUCUGGAACUGAUGAGCCUUUUUCUUCAUCAAGAGGAAGUUGUCCUAAGUGGGAAUCUUACACUGUUUUUCAAAAAUAUGAUGAAGAAAUGUCAUUCCUAGAAAGGAUUAGUGCACAAAAACUUCAUGAAACAGAGUCUUUGAGGUCUAUUAAAGUAUCUCCAAGGUCAAUUUCAGAGAGAAUUGUGUACAAAUUUUCAAGUAUGAAUAAAAAGCCAGAAGAUAUAAGUAACAAUCCAUAUCAUGAAUUGGAGGGUGCAUAUGUUGCACAAAUAUGCUUAACAUGGGAAGCACUUAAUUGGAACUACAAGAAUUUUCAAACAAAAAGAGCUUCAAAUGUUGAUGUUGGUUGUCCAGCAACAAUUGCACAACAAUUUCAGCAAUUUCAAGUUUUGUUGCAAAGAUAUGUAGAGAAUGAACCUUAUGAGUAUGGUAGAAGACCUGAGAUAUAUGCUAGAGUGAGACAUUUGGCACCAAAAUUGCUCCUAGUCCCUGAAUAUAGAGAUUCAGAUGAUGAUCAAAAGGAGGAGAAUAUUGGGUUUAACACUAAAAUAUCAUCAGCUUCAUUUCUUGUGAUAAUGGAAGAUGGAAUCAGAACAUUCAUGAAUUUCUUGAAGGCUGAUAAAGAGAAACCAUGUCAGAUCAUUGCAUCUUACUUUAGGAGAAAUCAAAGAGGCUUGGUUGAUCCAACAAUAAUCCGUCUUAUGAAAAAAGUUAAUCAAAAGAAGAAGAUGAAAGUUAAGGAUAUUCGUCGUUCCCACAAAUGCUUGAGGAAAAGAAAGUUAAAGGAGGAAGAAGAGAUGGAGAUUUUGAUGGCAUUGAUAGACUUAAAAAUUGUAUCAAGGGUUUUGAGAAUGAGUGACAUGAAUGAAAAUCAAUUACAUUGGUGUGAAGAGAAAAAUAGCAAAGUUAGAGUCAUUGAUGGGAAACUACAAAGAGAUUCCACUCCACUUUUUUUUCCAUCACAUUGACCCACAAAAAAGAUUAUUAUUUAUAUAAAUAUUACUUGAUGAGUGGAUCAUGAAUAUGCAUGAAUGCAUAAAGAGGAAUAUCCAUAACAUACUUUUUUUCUUCUUUUUUUUUUUUUUUUGUAAAUAUAGAAUUAAAGAAAUGUGAAUUCUUCCUUUACAAAUUUAUUUAAAUAUGUAUCGAUAUACUUGUUGAGGUGGAUAAUUGUGGUAGAUUUAUAAUAAGUGUUCGUUAAAAUUUUUAUAUUAAACAUUAUUUAUAAACCUAUUAGAAUUGUCCACUUCAGUAAUGUAUCAGUGUAUGUCUAAAUAAGAUGUGUAUCGGAGUGUUCACUUUAAAAAAAAUUGAGAUGGACCCUACAAAUCAAAGUGAAACAUAUGUGAAGUGGAAUAUGGAAUUUAUUGGGGCAUGAAAUUUAUGGAAAGAUGGGUAAAGGUGAAGAGGUGAUGUGUUAUUGAUGAAUAUUGAAAGGGAAAGACCAAAGACAAAGCAACGUACAAGGUAGAGACAAUAUUAGCUUUAGUUUUACUUUAGCUUUUUUAUUAGGGUUUAUCUAUAAGGUUUUUUGAGGUGAAUCAAAAGAAGAAUGAGCAAGAGUGAAGCACAUGGGGUUCAAUAAAAAUAGUCUUGCUCUCUUUUGCAUAAAGUAGAGCACACAAUAAAGGAAUGGUAGGUUUAGUGGGUUUUUUAUUUCUUAAUUAAUAAGGAAAGGACCAGUUGGUUCUUGUUGAAAGAGAAAAAUAAAUGUAUCAAUCUUUAAAAGGACCACUUAUUAGCUAGGACUUGUUGUAAAGCUACCAUUUACUACAAUUAUAUGUAAUACUUAUUAGUCACUUUCAAAA